GUCACGCGAAGCGCCGCGCGGGGCGGGGGGGAGCAGCCGCUGGGAGCGCGGGCGCUCAGGUCUCGGCGCGACCAUGGGGGCAGCAGCAGCCGAGGCGAACCGCACGCUCUUCGUGGGGAACCUGGACCCCAAGGUCACCGAGGAGCUCAUCUUCGAGCUCUUCCACCAGGCGGGGCCCGUGAUCACCGUGAAGAUCCCGAAGGACCGGGAUGGACGGCCCAAGCAGUUCGCCUUCGUCAAUUUCAAGCACGAAGAGUCUGUGCCGUACGGGUUGCGGCUGCUUAACGGGAUCAAGCUGUACGGGCGGCCCAUGCGCAUCCAGUUCCGAUCAGGGAGCAGUCAUGCGGCCCAGGAUAUCAAUCCAUCCUGUUCCCAGCUCAGAGCUCCUGGCACCAACCCUCCCGGGAUGCCUCAUCCAGCAUCCAACUGCAGCAGGUAUGAGAGGGUUCCGGAUGGCAUGGCCGCACCGGGCUUCCCGUCGAGCCUGCAGAGACAAGCGGUGAUGAACAGCGCGGCCCGGCAGCAGCCCCAGUUCGGGGGCAAGUACGAGCAGCCCAGCUUUGCCCCUCCCGGCUACCCGCACUCCUUCCACGCCGUGCCGGGCUCCCCGGGGCCGCGGCGCCCCGAGGGGCCACGCAAGGCCCGGCUGGGCACCCACCCCUACAGCCCCGACAGCCGCCACUUCGGCCGCGAGCGCUUCGGGGACUGCGGCCCCGAGUACGGCCGCGGCAAGCGCGACGAGUACGGCUUCGAGGAGAGGGGCCAUGAGGGCGAGCACCACUACCGGGGCCGCGAGGAGCACUACGACGACCGGCACUACGACGACCGGCACCGCGACGGCUGGAGCUACGAGCACCGCAGGGACAGCUACAGAGAGGCCAAGUGGCACUCUGCGCGGCACUGAGGGACUUGAGGGCAAAGCAAACGUGACCUGUUUCUCACCGAGUACAUGUAUAAACCCCCUCCCCCACCCCAAAAAAACCCCAGUGAAGUCACCUUUUAGUGUUUGUAAAAAUACCAGCAGUGCAGUCCUGCCAAA